CGGUCAGUCUUUGUAUUUUUUUCGUGGGGAGGCAGAGACAAGUGGCCACAGACGCCUCCCUCUCUCCCUCUUUCUCUCUCUCUCUCUCUGGAACCGUGUGAGUAAAAUAGACUCCACAACUGCGCUCCUACAAACAUGCUCUUGACUUUCCUCCUCAGGCAGAGCCACCUGGUGGGCCCGCACCGUCCCCUCCGGCACGCUGCAGGACAACAGCAUGCUUUCAGAUAGGCUGAUGAGCAUCUGUGCCUUUAAAGCUCUGUGAAGCGCGCCUCUGUCAUAGCCCCGCAGUCAAACUUCCCCCAAGCCCGACGCGCUCGGCGAGCGAGAGCUACCUUGACCAUUGCGGCACUGGCUCACCCUUACAGCUAGACCCAUGGAAUACUAACUAUGGAAUACCUCUGGAUACUGCUGUUUGUGUUUUUACAGCUAAGCUUCCACCCAGGCAACACCAAGCCCACUAUUAUCCCUGACGAGCCCCACCUCGUUGUCCUGCUCCACCAUUCCAUUACCCUGCGCUGCAAGAGUGAAACCAGGACACUGUGGUGGCGAGAGAAUCGGAACAAGCCUCUUAGAGCAACGCUCAUAGGUGGGAUGUGGACAAUACAUUACCCCAAAGCUCAGGCUUCCCAUAUGGGCCGCUACCUCUGCCGGGAUGAGAAAUCCAGUGAGGAAGCUUCCAUCUUUGUCUACGUGAAAGAUCCUGAGAAUCCUUUCAGAAAACCAGUGGUGUCCAGCAUUCUUACUCGUGAGGGAGACACUGCUUCCAUCUCAUGCUACGCCACUGAUCCAAGUCUGAGCAGUUUAAGUUUGGAAACAUGCUCUGGAGAAGCCCUCUCCCCUGGUCUCCAGUUUUCCACGAGCCUGGAGCAAGGCAUCAUCAUCCACAACAUAAAAAUGACUUAUGAAGGUUGCUAUGUAUGCACAGGGACAUUACAGGGAAGACACAUCAGAUCAGAGGAAUAUUCCCUGACAGUUAGACCAGUACCUGUUGCUCCUCCUGUAAUUCAGAUGCAUUAUCCCAGAAGAAUUAUUUUAAUUCGAAAUCAGAGUCUGUCAAUCACCUGCAAUGCCACUAAUGUCAAUGGAGACCUCACGGUGAAGUGGGUGGCACCACCUGGCUCGGGUGCCGUCUGGUAUCCACAGCAACAACCAAAGGUUGAUGGCGAUGCACGUAUCCUGAUGGCGAACUACCUUCAUGUGCACAGUGCCACGCUGCAAAUAUCGGCAGUGCAUCCACAAGAUACUGGGAGUUACAAAUGUGAAGCUGAAAACGAAAAAGGGAACAGCACCAAGUCAGUGUGGCUGGAUGUUUAUGAAAGAGGAUUUAUCAGCUUAUCACAAAUCUACAACAGAACCUUCCAUGUCCGUUCAGGCGAGAGUUUGACUUUGAAAGUUAGCAUGGAGGCAUACCCAAAGCCACACACUGUCUCCUGGAGCUUCAUGGGCCGCAAACUAAAAAAUACCAGUGACCACGUCAUCAGUAUGCACAGCAAAGACUACAGUUACAGCAGCGAGCUGAGGCUGGUGCGGUUACAAGUAGCAGAAAGUGGCAUUUAUAGCUUUGAAGCAUGCAACAACGACGUGUCGGUAAAUCAGACCUUCACCAUCUUUGUGAUCAGUAAGCCUGAGAUUACAUCUCAUGAGGGCCCAGUGGAUGGACAGGUGCGUUGUGUGGCUGAAGGGUACCCUGCACCCCAGAUCAAAUGGUACUACUGUGAUCAGUAUGUCAGGUGCUCCCAGCAGAAGAAUGCCACACAGGAAGAGCGCAACGUCAGGACUGUCACAUUGGUCAGCCCCAAGUUCGGAAAGACUGGGGUGGAGAGUCGAGUGAAUGUCAACAGAGGACGGUUUAAUACGCUGGAGUGCGUCGCCACAGCGGAGGGAGAGCAAGCCUUUAUACUGUUUUCCAUCAGUGAGAAAGGAGUUAUGCAUGAUCUGUUCACUCCUCUGCUAAUUGGCUUCAUAUCAGCAGCAGGCAUCCUCUGCCUCAUUGUUAUCAUGCUGUUCUACAAGUACAUGCAGAAACCCAAAUACCAGAUUCAGUGGAAGGUCAUUGAGGGAAUUAAUGGGAACAACUAUGUGUACAUUGACCCCACUCAGCUGCCUUACUCUUACCAGUGGGAGUUCCCACGGAGCAACUUGCGUUUCGGGAAGACGCUGGGAUCUGGCGCUUUUGGAAAAGUGGUGGAAGCCACUGCAUAUGGACUCUCCAAUGCUGACUCAGUUAUGACGGUGGCAGUGAAAAUGCUGAAAUCAAGCGCUCAUGCCACAGAGAAAGAGGCACUGAUGUCAGAGCUGAAAGUCCUCAGUUACUUGGGAAACCACAUAAACAUUGUCAACCUGCUGGGAGCCUGCACUGUUGGAGGCCCUACACUGGUGAUCACAGAAUACUGCUGCUUCGGAGACCUUCUUAACUUUCUCCGGAGAAAGAGAGAAUCUUUCAUCACCUAUAAACUAGAGGACAACUACUACUAUCGCAACCUCAUGCAACAGAGACUUGCAGAUGGUGACAGCUUGAAUGGCUACAUGAGCAUGAGGCCUUCUGUUACUGGCAACCCACCGUCGAGCUCAUCUUCCGAGCGGAGACAGUCUCUACGCAAAGGUGGCCCAUACAUCGAAGCUGAUGGAGAUGGCGAGAUGUUCAAUGAGGAUGAUUUGUCUCUAGACACCGAGGAUCUCCUCAGUUUCUCAUACCAAGUGGCCAAAGGCAUGGAGUUCUUAGCUUCCAAAAAUUGUAUUCACAGAGACCUUGCGGCCCGAAACAUCCUACUGACACAAGGAAGAGUGGCAAAGAUCUGUGAUUUUGGCCUGGCCAGGGACAUCACCACAGACUCAAAUUACAUCGUCAAGGGCAAUGCCCGCCUGCCGGUGAAGUGGAUGUCUCCAGAAAGCAUCUUUGAGUGCAUGUAUACGUUUGAGAGUGAUGUGUGGUCCUACGGUAUCUUGCUUUGGGAAAUCUUCUCACUGGGAAACAGUCCUUAUCCUGGUAUGCCUGUGGAUGCCAAGUUCUACAAACAGAUAAAAGAAGGAUACAGAAUGGACGCUCCGGAGUUUGCACCCAAUGAUAUGUGUCAGAUCAUGAGCUCCUGCUGGGAUGCUGAUCCCUUUAAGAGGCCCCCUUUCACGAAGGUGGUUGAGAGCAUUGAGCAACAGCUGUCAGAUGCCACUAAACAUAUUUAUUUGAACUUCAGCUCCAGACUCCCCGUGUUGCCUAGAGCGAGGGAGGAGCCCAGUUCUGACAGCACAGCAGCUCACAGCUCUCAGUCAUCCAGCAGUAAGAGCGCUCCAACACAGCCCUUACUGGUUCAGCAUGAAGUCUUCAUAGAGGGGACAAUCCUUCAGGCCCAGAGGGUGUAAGGACCCACUGGACUUGUUUAACUGCCUCAAAGUGCCUGUCAUGUUACGCAAGAAAUCAUCCAACCAUUACACCUGUCCGCCUCCCUAGCACCAGCAAACGUUGUUGUCGGAAGAGUAAAUGCCAUCUCUUACAAGAGAGAAGUUCUAUAGAUGAAUGGCUUUUACCUUUGCAAUCACUGUUCUUGCAUACUCAAUGCUGGGAGGACACAUGGACCAUUGCUCCCAAUCUCAAGAACUCUGAAGACAUCACGGAGGGUGGACAAUCAUCAACCAUUAGUCUAAUACUGUCUCAAAGUACAUUAUUACACUGUUAAUAUGUUUGGUUAUUUUACACUUUUUCGGGUUUCCUUUACAUUUCAUUAAAACUGUUUAUUAUUUUUCCUUCUGUUUUUUGGGGUUGGGGAGCAGUUCACAUAUAGCAGCUGUCUUCUUUCUUUUGGAGUUUUUUUUAUUUUAACGUUUGGUGUGUUUUUCUUUUUUGGUUACUCUCUAAUGUUUUCUAUCAUGGAGCGCCAUUUGCAGUUUCCUUGACUGUUGCAGUUUUUGGGUGGAAAACAAAGCACUUGAGGCACUCAAACUUUACUUUAUUCCAUACAUCACAUGAUGCAUAUAAUACAACUUUUGUUUUGUCUUUAGUUUUUUUUUUUUAUCACUUUCAUUGUCAGUAUUAUUUUCCAACUGUGCAGAUCUAUGCUGUAUGAAAAAGAGACUUUUGGGGGCCAAUUUGAAUUGAGAUAUGAUAGCAUGGAUACGUAAAUAAGCUAUUAGCAGCAUGGUCGUCGACAUGUCCAUAAGUGCUUCACGUUUAUUAGGAAGUCGAUACAGGAUUGCAGCACCUAAAGGGCAAAUGACUUUUGGGAUUUUGUUAGCAGAUACCAUGAUCAGUGCAUGACUGCAGAUACAGCUUAGAUAUAGAUAUGCAACUGUUUGUGCUUUGUUACAUUGAGAACAGCUGGACUGCGAGAGGUAAAGAUCUCUUGUAAAGAUGUAUAUAACUGUGUUCUCCUGUAUGUUCCGCUGUAUAUUUGUUUACAAGCAUGAGGUAGGUACUGCCAUUUCUUAGGUGGGUUUUCUCUGCUUUUACCCUUCAUCCAUUCAUGAAUGGUUUGGAAACUGUUUUUACCAACUUGGAGUAGUGUGUUGUCACCCCAUGCUAGCAGCGUAGUUCUUCAACUAUAUAUCAUGCAUUAAGUCAAGCUGAACCUGAUGUUAUAUGCCAUUAAGUGGAUUGCAGUAUUCCCUGUGGUGACAGGAGCAAGAGAAAAACAGGCUCUUCUUAGCUCUGCCUUCAGACAGUGACACUCAGUGUGGAACGUAUUGUGUUGGCCGUCUCAUUGUUGUCCGGCCAGUAGCUGGUUUCCUUGCUGUCUCUCUCUUCUUUUUUCGUCCAGCUGUUUCCUCUAUCGGAAGCGGGGUUUUCAGCACCUCUAUGCCAGUUGUCUGGAGUGGUCCCAGCAUCUCUCCCAGCUGUGGAUGCUGUUCAGAGGAGUGCAAGGAAAGUGUCCUGUUUGCUUGGACGAAUAAGUGUGUGAUUGUGUUUGUGUGCAUGAGAGAGCAUGCACAUCCUCCUUGAUGUGAAUGACUGUAUGAAUGUUUAGUUUAAAAGAGUUACUGUCAAGAGGUGCCACUACUACAGAUUCAUCAAGUCACUUAGCUUACUAAAGACCCCAAAGUCUUACUGCUCGUCUUUUUGUAAAUAUAAAGGAGCGUAUAUUACAAAGUAAUGUCAUUGCUUUGAAAGAUGUCUAUCUUAAUGAAGAAACGGUACAUGAUACAGAAAUUAUAAUGCUUUAUUUUCCUAUAUGUGCACAGACUUCCCUCUGUAGAUUUAACCAGAGAUUCUGCUUACUGCUCUUCUCACUAUGACAUCUUUAACAGAACAGAUUCAAUUUGGUGUUUAAUUUGGCCAAUUCCUACUUUUUUUCCCAUUUUUUCUAGUUUCCCCAGUAACAUUUGUCCAAAUGGGCUGAUCUGAUGAUCCAAGCAACUUUUCAGUGAUUUACUAUGAAAAGAUCCUACAGUUAGGAAGGAGAUUUCUUGAAUACCAGAUUAUUUUUCAUUCAGCUGCUUGCUGCAUUUCCCUAUGUAUUUAUUUAAAGCUUUAAAGUUAUUGUGAAAAUCUGAUAUGUUGCUAUUACAAGUGUCAAUGUAAAUAAAAAUUGUCUAUAUUGAACUCUCA